ACGGACCUACAUACAACAGUUUUGAAUUUUUUUUUUGGGUAGGUUAUACAACAAUUUUGAUUUGUCGAAACUCAGUAGACAAAUCCUCACUUGAUCAAUAAUGGAGUCCUCUUCAUCUUCUCUAUCUUCCUCAGCUUCUCUAUUCCCACCAUUCUCUCCCUCCCUUUGGGGCUACAUCAUCUUAUACAUCCUCCGCCCCUUUCUCGCCAUACUCUUUGCCCUCUCUGUAUUACUUUUUGGGUGGUUUUUGGCGUGGAAGCUGGUGCUUGUUCAUGUCCCGUUGGUGCAAGAGAUCUUUGGUUUGCGUAAGAAACCGGUCAAGGCCAAACCCGAGAAUCGCCGGCGACUCACGAAGUUCUACAACAGCAUUGAUGCCCGAAAUUCAGCUUCUUGAUGUGGGCUUCUGGGAUACUCCACUGACUGAUCAUUGUGAGUUCUAUCUCACAGAUUGCAGCAUCCAGGUCAUCAUUUGCAUUGGUAGGUUCUAUUAGAAAUUAGUGGGAGGAGAAUUCUUAAUGUUAGGCAAGAGAGUUUUGUCCUAUGGUUCUAAAUUUUUUUUACGUGUAAUGACAUACAGGGUCCACUUGUGCAACUUGUGCAUGAGAAAAAGAAGAGCUUUCUUUGAAAGAGAUUGCUGUAGUUUAUGGUUUAGAAAGUAAAUAAGUUGAUAAAUACUUGUAAAGGAAUAUAUUAAAGUUGGAUAGAAAAUUGUUAGAAAAUUUAGAAGGAAGGCAAUUGAUACUGUACCUUUUGAUAAGAUCUUAGUGCCAGGGGAAGAGCUUUUAUCAAGGUUUCUGGCCAAGGUUGCUGAGUUUCGAUUCUGGUGAGGAAGUUAUCAGGCAAAAGUACUUCUGGGAAGUUUUCUCCAUUGUAUGCUUGAUUCUAUAAGAAAUUUUAGCAGGUCUUCAAUUGAAGGAGCAAUGAAUUUAUGGGAGCUUCUACAGUACAUUUUAGGUAUCAUACCCAAACUUUUUAAUUAAUCGGACGAUAUUUAGGAACAUUAUUGGUUGUUAGAUUUGAUAAAGUACAAUAACAGGAUGAUGUAGACUAAAGCAUAUAAUCCUCAUAAUUGUAAACUGGUUCCGGUCCAGAUUUCCUGUUCCUUUGAGUUUGAACUUGGGCAAUCUCCUCCAUCGUAUAUCCCAGAGUGCCACUGUGAUUAUCUUCUGCUCUCUUUUAAUCCUUGUUCAGAUGUUGUAAUUAGCCAAAAUUUGUUUUCAUAUGAAGUUUCUCAAUCCCAUUGUCUUGUUUCCUCUUUCCUUCUUAGUAUUCUACUGGUGUAUUGAUAUGUAUUGAUUCACUCCUCUAGUUUUAGUUUUUAGUUUGGGAUUUGGUACUGUGAUCCCCAUUUUUUUUUCCA